CCCAUCGUGGCACCCCUCCCGGCUUCGACCUGUCGUCGUGCCCGCUGCACUGCGAUGCUCGUCCUGCCGGACCCGGAGCUGGGGAGGGGGCGCGUCCCGCUGCUGGGGUCCCGGGGCGGGGGAGGGGAGUGGAGAUAAGGCCGAUGAUGUCAUGGAUGCUUCACCAGGCCUGGGGGGAGGUGGCGGCCGGAGGGGGUGCGGCCCGGAUUAUGUCACCUCUUCCCUCUGCGCCCCGCCCCCCGGGGCCACACGCGCUGGUAGGGAGCUACGGAAGGUGCGAGAGGGAUUUCCUGCACCACGGAGACCCUCGGGCACCUCCUCAGGACAGCCUGUGGCCGGGGUCUCUAUCUGUUGGCGCUGCGGGCCGUGGACUGCUGGUGAAUGGCGAACACCCCCACUCCCCUGCGCGGCAGCUCGUGUGUGCGCGCGUGUGUGUGCUGGGGUAGGGGGGGCGCUGUCAGCCCCCUCAGUCCUUAAACACCAGCUUCACCAGAGCCAGGAUCUAGGAGAUGGUUCCCUUCCCCCGUUGACACCAAGGGAAGGUGGAUCUCCCCUCCCACAUCCCAACCAAGAAGUUCUGAAGACCUCUGCACCCCAAAAGCCCUACAGUGCCCCCAGUCCCCUUUCUCCCUCAGUCCUUCUUCCCGGAAGCCCUUCCUGAUUUUCCUGUCCGGAUUCAUUGCCUCUUUGCAUUGCUCAUAACUAGCGUUCCCACAGCAUUCUCUCUGCAUCUCCUCAGGGUCAGGGCCCAGAGACCCCUAGGACUCUGCCAUCUGUGUCCCCAGGGCACCCCCAGGCCAGCCCCUGGGGAAGCCUCAGAGUGAAAUCUCCCUGGAGUAGCCUGAGCCAAGUGCUCCAAGGCCCCUGCUCCCCAGGGGCGAUCAGGGAUGCUGUCCUGGGAGGCAGCAUUUGGAUUGGUCCUUGAAGGAUGCAGGGUGGGCAUAGAGACCUGGGAAGAGAUUUUGUGUGGAGCGGAGAGGAGCUCAGGUCAGGGGAAAUAGGAUGGGCAGCAGGAGAUGCCUUGAAGGCCCUGCUGCAAGCUCUGCUCUGGUUCUGGGGACUGAGAGAAAUGCCAGGCCUCUUACCCAUAAUACAUUUACUUCUUAAGAUUCCUGUAAGGUAGGUGUGAGAACCCGAGGUGAAAUAACCUGCAUGCAUUCACCCCUAAUCAGUUCAGCUGGGAUUUACACUUGAGCUGAUGCCUCCAGAACCCAUGUCGACUGUUCUUGGCGCUGCUCGUGGAAGAAUUUGGGCAGAGCAGGGACAAGCUCAGCUUUGCCCUUUAGAAAGAGUCCCCUGGCAGCUGUGUGUGGGAGGGAGUGCAGGGGGGAAGAGGCCAGCGAGGAGCCCCCAGCAAGGGUGCUGGCAAGAGGGGCUACUGAAAGCUUUAGGGGGCAAAUGGGCUGGUAUAGGGGUCUCUGAGACCACAAGAGAGGGGUAGAGUGUUCUUAGCUUUGGGAGGGACAGAGGUAAGGAGGGGUUGAGUGGUCACUGUGGGUUGGAGGGACCUGCCCAUGUAGAGCCCAGGUACAGAUCAUUUGACCCCUUUAUGACCAUCAAUACUCUGCAUAAUGUCCCAGGCAAUGAAGGUUGAUGGCACAGAGAGAGCGGCAGAGUUGGGCAACAGGCUGUCAUCCCAGGUUGUUGAGCUGAUGCCCUGAGGGUGCUUAUGCAGACCAUGCUCAGCCACCUGGGCCAGUUCAGGACCCUAACCCAUACACAAAGCUCAAACCCUUCCUCUGGGCUCAGUUUCUGCCUAUCAGGGAAACAAAUGCCCCUCCUUGUCCUGCCAGCAACCUGUUGGGAUUUUGAGAAAAGAAACUGCGGCAGCCCAAACUCGGCAAAGGCAAGGGGCAGGGAAUGCUUGCUGACAGGUUAGAAUUAUGGCAGGACACUCUUUGGGGAAUGAGGCUCCAGGGAGAGCUGCUCUGGGUUGAUAGUCAAGGAUUCCCCAGGUAGAGCAGGAGCCGAUCCCAGGAGACAUUCCCAGGAAUACCUCAUUUCCAUCUAGGACUCUGGGCAUUGAGCUUGUCCGGGGACCACACACAUCCCAGGGAAACAGUGGCGCUGAGUGGCCUACCACCAGCCUCAACCUGUGGUCAGAUCCUCCUUUUGUGGAUCACAGAGAAGGAAGUACUGCAUGUUUGUACUGCACCCUACAGCUCAGAAAGCACCCUUGCAAACACUAUCCCCUGUCACUCUCAUGAUCAACAUGAUCACUUCUGAGGUUUGCUCCUGCCCACAUCCUGGCAUCUGCUGGAGCCCCCUUGCCUAGCUCUCUCAUCUCACUAUUGGCGCCUGCCUUCGGCCGAGCAACAUACUCAGGUUUCUACCAUGCUUAAUUUAAAAUCAGAAAAGAGCCUUUGGAUCCCAAACCACCUUAAGUUACUGCCUUCUCUGGCCUUCUCUUUCACCAGGGAACUCUCCCAUCUCUCCCUCCGGACCCAGCUACUCUUGUAGCCUCGCUUUGCCGUGCACCACUUUUCUGAAGCUAGUGAGGUUUCCACCUGCAGAUCCAGGAUACACUCUCCAGUCUCGACUUUACCUGGCCCCUUUCUAACACUGGGAGCUGCUCUGACAUUCUUGAAGUCCCCCAGCUUGUUCUGCAGGGCCUGCCUUGUUCUGGCCUCCUUCUUGUGUCCACACUGCCUCCCGGCUUCUGGGGCCCUGCCACCUUCGCUUGAUGCUGGGCUCCACCCACACCACCCUUGAAUGCUGACCACCACAGUCUCUUUCCACCCAGUAUGUGAGAGAGAUCUUUGUCUGGUCUUUCCCAAAGUACCUGUUUCCCCAAACAUUCUACCCCUGUUUUGUUAAGGGUGUCACACCCACCCCUUGCCCCCACCCCUGAACCCCAUCUCUAUGAAGUUUGGUCAGUUCUUCCUCCCAGACCCCGCCCAGGCCUUCCCACUGGUUUCAAGCCUCAGGCCACUCAGCUUUCAUCCUUCUAGUCCCCAGCUGCUCCCCACACUGUACCUGAGGAUGCUGAGAAAGGGGUCAUGCUUAGGGUGGGAGGGGGAUUUUGAGUUGAGGGGUAGCUGAGCUGGAGUACCUGGGGAGCAGAGGCAGAGCGGGGACGAGAGUGAGGCCUGAGAGGCACUCACUCUCAGGGUCUUGCACCUGCUGACACUGUGCUGAAGUUCUGCACUAGGUGCCUCCCUUGCCUCACCCUAGACUCAGCCCUGCAUGUGGGGAUAGACCGGCUCCUGGGAGGAAGGUGGUAAAGUGCUGUUCUCCACCCCUGGGGUGGGAGGGGGGCAGAUGCUGAGAGAAUGGAAUUUUACAAAGGCAGUGGGGCCUGGCUUGAUGGUGAACUUUCCAACCACUUAGGGCUGUAAUUCCAGGUGUGGUGGCCAAAAGACUCCUGAAGGGCAAGAGUUUUGUUAGGUUCCCCUGGUCUGGGGCCUAAUAGGAAGGACAUGGUAUCAGAAUGGGCAUCUGGGUAGAAGACAGUCUGAGGGGCACUCGAGGGGCAUGGAGUGCCACCUGGACCCCUUCACCUUGGUAGAGAAGGAAGGCUCCUUGCCUGGUUUCUCAUGGGAGUAGGGGGGGAAAGCCUGAGGGUGCCCCUACCACCUCUGGCAAACGGAUUCCAGGGUCUGCAUCCGCGGCUGGCACUGCCUGGUGCCUUUGGCCCCGCUAGAUAAUGCAGAUCUCUAGGGCAGGUGUUCCCCGGUGUGGAUUUGAGACAAAGGAACCAGGAAGUGGGGCCUCCCUGAGCACAGGUAACCCGAGGCCCUGUCGCCCUGCCUGCGCUGCGCCGCCCCCCCCCCUCUCUUGUGGGCUGGCCUUGGGGGCGGGGGGGCGCACGCUCACGGAAUGGCUCAGAGGACUUCACGGUUCAAGGUCCAAAGGGAACGGGGGAAGGGGGUAAUCCAGGAAGUCUUCCCGGUGGCAGUGAAUUCUUAGAGGGGAUGGGAGGCGCGGAAUCCCCUGCGGGCGCAGCAGGGUGCGGAAGCCCCGCCCCUCCCCCGCCCACCUGUGGGAAACGCAGUCCCGGAGGGAGGCACGGCCAGCGCCCGCAGCUGGUAGCACCGCGUCCUCUGCCUCGGUCUCAGCCAGCCCCGGGGCUUCUGCAGAGGUACUGACCGUGGGGAAGGGGCCCCUCGUGCGGCCGAGUUGGGAAGACCUCCGGAAGGUCCGCUCGCCACGCGCUACAGCCAAGGUCCCCGGGCGUCCGCGGGGGGCGGGGCGUGCCCGAGGUGGCGCCCACAUGCGACCCGGGGGCGCGCGGCGCAAGACUCCAGUCCCUCCCGCGCCCGCCGCCUCGGGGCGCCUGGCGCUCGGCAGCUCCAUGAGGUAGGUCCUCCAUUCCUCCCAUUUCGCAGAGGAGAAAACUGCAGUCCGGGAUGGCUCAGUCGGCCCAUCCAAAGUCGCCCAGCUGGUUCGGGCCGAGCCCCGACUGCGAAAGUGAGGCACAUGGCCCCUGCAGACCGGGCCUCGGAGGGUCCCAGGCUUGAGGACCCGUCGGCCCCCCACUCCCUUGGAAAGGCAAGGAGAGGAGCCUGCGCUGGUAGUGAGCCUCCACUUCUGCCCUUGACUGCAACACCCUAGGUUAGGGGGCCGGGAAGGACCCCUACUCCCAAGUUUUGGUUAGGGGUGGGUUCUCUCCUUCCCUUAAUUUCUGAGGUUCCCUAUUGAAUUCAAGCAUUGUUGUACCCUUCCAACCCCAUCUCCCCAGCCCAUGAGGUUGGGUUAUAGGGCUCCAGACCCAGGGUAAAGAACGCCUAAGUUUUGGCAGCUGCAGUGAAGAAUUGGGGCUCAUGGAGGAGAUGGGGUUGAGGCAGGAGCUGAGGAGUGGAAUGCUGAGCUGAGCAAAGCUGGGAGGUGCCCCCCUGGCUCAGUCAUGGCGAAGCUGGAGACGCUGCCUAUGCGCGCUGACCCAGGGCGGGAUCCUCUCCUGGCCUUUGCCCCUCGGCCCUCUGAGCUCGGACCCCCAGACCCUCGCCUGGCCAUGGGCAGUGUGGGCAGCGGGGUGGCCCAUGCCCAGGAGUUCGCCAUGAAGAGCGUGGGCACCCGCACGGGGGGUGGGGGCAGCCAGGGCAGUUUCCCCGGCCCCCGCGGCGGCGGUGGUGGGGCCAGCAGGGAGAGGCCAGGCCGCUACCCCUCCGAAGACAAGGCUCUCGCCAACUCCCUCUACCUCAACGGCGAGCUGCGGGGCAGCGACCACACCGAUGUCUGCGGCAACGUGGUGGCCAGCAGCGGGGGCAGUAGCAGCAGCGGGGGCAGUGACAAGGCCCCGCCGCAGUAUCGCGAGCCCAGCCAUCCACCUAAGCUCUUGGCCACCUCUGGCAAGCUAGACCAGUGCUCUGAGCCGCUAGUCAGGCCUUCGGCCUUCAAGCCCGUUGUACCCAAGAACUUCCACUCCAUGCAGAACUUGUGCCCCCCGCAGACCAAUGGUACUCCUGAGGGACGACAGGGUCCUGGUGGUCUCAAGGGCGGACUGGACAAGUCUCGGACCAUGACCCCAGCGGGCGGGGGUGGGGGCGGCCUCUCCGACUCCGGCCGGAACUCACUGACGAGCCUGCCCACCUACAGCUCCAGCUAUAGCCAGCACCUGGCGCCCCUCAGUGCCUCCACCAGCCACAUCAACCGCAUCGGCACUGCCAGCUACGGCAGUGGCGGCGGCGGCGGCGGCUCGGGCUACCAGGACCUGGGGACCUCUGACAGCGGGCGCGCCUCCAGCAAGAGCGGGUCGUCCUCCUCCAUGGGGCGGCCAGGCCACCUGGGGUCGGGGGAGGGCGGAGGUGGAGGCCUGCCGUUCGCGGCCUGCUCACCCCCCUCGCCCAGUGCCCUGAUCCAGGAGCUCGAGGAGCGGCUGUGGGAGAAGGAGCAGGAGGUGACCGCUCUGCGGCGGAGCCUGGAGCAGAGCGAGGCCGCGGUGGCCCAGGUGCUGGAGGAGCGGCAGAAGGCGUGGGAGCGCGAGCUGGCCGAGCUGCGGCAGGGCUGCAGCGGGAAGCUGCAGCAGGUGGCCCGCCGCGCGCAGCGCGCCCAGCAGGGCCUACAGCUGCAGGUGCUGCGGCUGCAGCAGGACAAGAAGCAGCUGCAGGAGGAGGCCGCCCAGCUGAUGCGGCAGCGGGAAGAGCUGGAGGACAAGGUGGCCGCCUGCCAGAAGGAGCAGGCUGACUUCCUGCCCCGGAUGGAGGAAACUAAGUGGGAGGUGUGCCAGAAGGCGGGGGAGAUCUCCCUCCUGAAGCAGCAGCUGAAGGACUCGCAGGCCGACGUGUCCCAGAAGCUGAGUGAGAUCGUGGGGCUGCGCUCGCAGCUGCGGGAGGGCCGGGCCUCGCUGCGGGAGAAGGAGGAGCAGCUGCUCAGCCUGAGGGACUCCUUCGGCAGCAAACAGGCCAGCCUGGAGCUGGGCGAGGCGGAGCUGCCCGCGGCGUGCCUCAAGCCCGCCCUGACCCCGGUGGACCCGGCCGAGCCCCAGGAGGCCCUGGCCACGUGCGAGAGCGACGAGGCCAAGAUGCGCCGGCAGGCCGGGGUGGCCGCCGCCGCCUCGCUGGUUUCCUUGGACGGGGAGGCGGAAGCUGGCGGGGAGAGUGGGACGCGGGCCCUGCGGCGGGAGGUGGGGCGGCUGCAGGCCGAGCUGGCGGCCGAGCGGCGAGCCCGGGAGCGCCAGGGGGCCAGCUUCGCGGAGGAGCGCCGCGUGUGGCUGGAGGAGAAGGAGAAGGUCAUCGAGUACCAGAAGCAGCUGCAGCUGAGUUACGUGGAGAUGUACCAGCGCAACCAGCAGCUGGAGCGGCGGCUGCGGGAGCGCGGGGCAGCGGGGGGUGCCAGCACACCCACCCCCCAACACGGCGAGGAGAAGAAAGCCUGGACGCCCUCCCGCCUCGAGCGCAUUGAGUCCACGGAAAUCUGAUCCCCUACCUGGGCAUGUGGCCUUUUGACAAAUGCCCUGUCAAAGGCCAGAGUCCCCAGUGUCCCCUUCCCGCCAUUUCUCUUCCCCAUGUCCCCCAUGCCCCCAGACCAAAGAGGUUCUCAAAGCAGCUGUGACCAGGUCCCUCCCCACCCCCCCCACUGGGUGCCCUUCGGGCUCUACCACAGGCCCUCUGGGCAGCCCACUUGGACCCUCCUCCCAAGGAAGGGAGAGAGCGAGGCAGAGUGUUUGGGGGAGCCCGUGCUCCCCUUCUUGGCACUGCUUUGCAGGAGAUGGGAGGCGGCAGGCCUGCAGUACCAUGAGGUGCCCCAGCCCCUCGGUAGGACCGGGCUGCCUCUGUUGGCCACCCCGGUGUCCAGUGAUGCUCUCUGUGGUCACCUCCAAGGCCAUAUAGCCUGAGGGGGCCUGCAUGGGGUCUGCCGAAGCUGACAGACCUUGGGCUCCUGGCCUCUCUCCUUCCUGCCCUAUUAUCCCUCCCUGGGCAGAUUGGCAGGACGAGUGGGAGCAGAUGGCCCGUAUGUGGUUGAGAGGGCUACCUGCCCAGCCCCUCCCCCCACUCCUACCAAGGUCUCUUGGGCUCAGGCCUCGGAGCCUGGCCUGGUCCUGAGUGUAUGUCCAUAUGUGCGUAUCAGGGGCCGGAGGGAAGGCUGGGGGUGGAGACUCAGUGCCCAGGGAAGAUCUGCUCUCCUGUUCUUGGGAAGGGUCACCUGGAGACUGCUUAGCUCUACCCCACCCUUCUGGCCAGGAUCCCACAGGGUGAUAGCCCCAUCUGCUUGGCUCACCCCACACCCAGGGCCGCUGUCCGUGGCUCUAACUACAGCUAUUAAGUGCUACCUGCCUCUCAGGCACUCCCCUCACCCGGUUUCUGAGGUCAUAUGAGUGUCUGUGAUGUCUUCCUGUGUCUUCUCCCACUCGAUUCCCCCAGCCUCCCUCUGCUUUCACGCUCAGAACAUCAUUGUCCUAGGCCGCCUCUUCCCCCCAAACCUCACCUUUUCUUCCAGUAGAAAAUUCUGCUUGAUCUUUGGUGCACUGCCCACUUCCAAGCUCCAAUGGGCCCAAGCCUGAGCCAGAGGCCUUUGUUUUGAGGGGCGAGGGGGGAUGGUUGUGAUUGCCCUUGAAGGACAAGGCUGACCUGAGAGGAACACUGACCCCUGAGUUCCCAGGACCUCGAGGUAGCCCAGUGUUUGCCCAGGGUAGGCCUGGCAUGGCCAUCAGUGGGGGUUGGGACAGCACUGUCACUUCCCUUCUCCUCUCGGCAUCCUCUGAGUCUAUCUCCCUAAGAUAGGAAGGGAAAGGCAAAUUUCUAAUUCACCAGCAAUAAAAAUUAGAGGAGGCUUGGCCCUCAGCCCUUGUAUUUCUCUUUUCACUCUCUUCCUCCCACCCCCAAGAUGGGGUUUGGAGGACAGGGUGGAGAGAGCUGGCAACUACUGUGAGCAAGUUCCCCAGCCCCUGACCAGCCUCCUCCUAUGACUGGUGACUGUUUAAUGAGCUGUGCAUCCCCCACAAAAACAAGAGUGCCCCCCUGUGUGGCCUCUAUCCCUCUGCACAGCCCCUUCUCGGUGACCCUCACCAGAUCUGUGAGCCGGGUGAGGGGGGCCAUCUGGCAAUCACUGCCCAUUCCACUCACCCCUCACUGUACCUGCCCCAGAACCUGGGCCUGGACCAGAGGGGCAGAGGGAAGAGAAGGCAUUAGUAGGAAAAAAAAAAAAAAAAAGAAAAAAAUAUGAACAGACUCAGCUUUGGGACUUCCAACCACAAAAGAAAUUAUAUAUAAAUAUAUAUAAAUAUAUAUCUCUACCAUAGGUGAUGGAAAGACUUCGUUUUCUUUUCCCAAAGAAAUAAAAUGGAGAAAGCCU